UCACUGAAUCUUUCUUUUAGGUUUUAGCUAGCUCCCAUUUCAAUAUCUCAUAACCAUUUACUAUUGAUGGCUUUCAAGUUUUGCCUCAAGAAUAUUGGUCUUGUUCCUUUUUUCAUUCUUAGCCUAUGUGCCUUUAUAGCAACUUCCCGUGACUUAAAGCAAUUAUCCAUGCUUGAAAGGCAUGAAAAAUGGAUAGCUCGUCAUGGACGUGCAUACGAAGAUGAGAUAGAAAAGGAGCAUCGCUUCAAAACAUUUAAGGAAAACGUUGAGUUCAUCGAAUCGUUCAACCAGAACGGAACUCAGAAUUAUAAGCUAGCCAUUAAUAAAUAUGCUGAUCUGACCACUGAGGAAUUUACGGCAUCAUUUAUGGGGCUCGACACUUCAUUGUCCCAGCAAGAAUCAGCAGCUACAACAACGUCCUUUAAAUAUAGUAGUGUGACUGAAGUUCCAUUUAGCAUGGACUGGAGAAAGAGGGGCAGUGUCACAGAAAUCAAAGAUCAAGGUGUAUGUGCAUGUUGUUGGGCAUUUUCAGCGGUGGCAGCUAUAGAAGGAGCAUAUCAAAUCGCAAACAACGAACAAAUUUCACUAUCGGAACAACAACUAUUGGAUUGCUCUACGCAGAACAAUGGUUGCAAUGGUGGACUAAUGACUCACGCCUACAACUUCUUACUUGAGAAUAAUGGCGAGGGCAUUACCACGGAGACUAACUAUCCUUAUGAAGAAACUCAAAGUGUUUGCAGCACCCAACAAUCAGCAGCAUUAGUAACAAUCAGUGACUACGAAGUUGUACCACAAAAUGAAUCUGCCUUACUACAAGCAAUAGCGAAUCAACCAAUAUCUGUAGGUCUUGCUGCUAGCCAAGAGUUUCAAUUGUACGGAAGUGGGAUAUAUGAUGGUAGUUGCAACUCUAAGCUAAAUCAUGCAGUCACAUUGAUAGGUUAUGGGACAAGUGAGGAAGAUGGUACAAAAUAUUGGAUAGUGAAGAACUCAUGGGGGAGUAGUUGGGGUGAGGAAGGAUAUAUGAGAAUUGCUAGAGAUGUUGGGGUUGAUGGUGGCCAUUGUGGCAUUGCCAAGAUGGCUUCUUUUCCAAUUGUUUGAAUUCUAUCAUUAUUGUACGUGUUCUACUUUGAAGAAAAAAAUUGUGGAAAAAGUUGUUUUUGUGACUAAUGACUACCAA